AUAAGAAUUUGGACAAAAAUUCUAAAAAAUCAGAUUAUCUCUCUCUUCCCCUUUCUUUCGUAUUCAUGUCCAUGGCCACUGCCUCCGCCUCUGUAACCUCACCUCUCCUUCAAAAAAUCAGCUUGACGGGCUUCUCCACUAGGACCCGACACGCGAGCAAACUCAAACUCAGUUUGCACCAAUCAUGUACUUUCGCGCCAUUUUCACUCAUUUCACCGACAAAAUCCUCAAGAUUGAAGAACAUCUCGAGUUUAGAAUCCCGCGCUUACGUUACCGGUCCUCCGAUAGUGAGCGAGUCCGACCCAAGGAUAAACGGUUUGGAGACUAACACCGUUGGAGCUGAGCCACCGAAAUUGAUAAGCUGGAGGCUUCUAUUGAGUCUUCUUGUCCAACAUAAACUCAGAAUCAGUGUUUCGGUCUUGGCUCUGGUUGGCGGCACCACCUGUACUCUUUCAAUGCCUAUAUUUUCUGGACGAUUCUUCGAAGUGCUCAUAGGCGCCAGAAAGGAGCCGUUAUGGAAGCUGCUUAGCAAAGUGGGGCUUUUAUACUCAUUGGAGCCGAUUUUCACAGUUAUAUUUGUGGUAAAUAUGAAUACUUUAUGGGAGACAGUUAUGUCAACACUUCGAGCUCAGAUUUUUAGAAGAGUUCUGAUUCAAAAGGCCGAGUUUUUUGAUCGAUACAAGGUUGGUGAGCUCAGUGGUUUGCUGACAUCUGAUUUGGGAUCUUUAAAAGAUGUUGUCAGUGAGAACAUUUCAAGGGAUCGUGGAUUCAGGGCACUUUCUGAGGUUGUUGGGACGAUUUGCAUACUGUUUGCUCUGUCUCCUCAACUAGCCCCAAUUCUAGGCCUUUUGAUGCUUUUUGUGUCCGUUUCGGUUGCUAUAUACAAGCGAUCAACUGUACCUGUAUUUAAAGCUCAUGGAAUGGCCCAAGCUUCUAUGUCCGACUGUGUAACAGAAACGUUUUCUGCAAUUCGAACUGUAAGAUCUUUUGGUGGGGAAAAACGUCAAAUGUUAAUGUUUGGUAGCCAGGUUCUUGCAUAUCAGAGAAGUGGUAUGAAGCUUGGCACUUUCAAAUCCAUAAAUGAAUCUUUGACUAGGGUUGCUGUUUAUAUUUCUUUACUGGCCUUAUACUGCCUUGGAGGAAGCAAAGUGAAGGCGGGUGAACUGUCUGUUGGAACCGUGGCUUCAUUCAUCGGAUACACUUUCACUUUAACCUUUGCCGUGCAAGGGCUGGUUAAUACAUUUGGAGACCUUCGAGGAACUUUUGCUGCUGUUGAGAGGAUUAACUCUGUUAUAUCUGGAGCAGAAAUAGAUGAAGCACUUGCUUAUGGUCUGGAAAAAGAUAUCCAGAAGAAAGAAGAUGAUGAAAAUAUCAAAUUGUUCAUCUCCAAUGGUGCUUUUGGGAAAAGUCAACAAUUAGAUUCACAUUACAUGUCAGCACUGAAAUCAACAAGUGAUGUGGGAAGAUUAGCUUGGUCAGGCGGUGUUGCUCUGGAAGAUGUACACUUUUCUUAUCCUUUAAGGCCCGAUGUGGAAAUUCUUAAUGGUCUUAAUUUGACUCUAAAAUGUGGAACUGUGACUGCCCUAGUGGGUUCAAGUGGUUCUGGCAAAAGCACAAUAGUACAACUAUUGGCACGCUUUUAUGAGCCAACCAGAGGUCGUAUAACUGUUUCUGGAGAGGAUGUUCGGACAUUUGACAAGAGUGAAUGGGCCCGAGUUGUUUCAAUAGUGAAUCAAGAACCUGUUCUCUUUUCUGUCUCUGUUGGAGAAAAUAUUGCAUAUGGGCUUCCAGAUGAUACUGUAUCCAAGGACGACAUUAUUAAGGCUGCCAAAGCUGCAAAUGCUCACGAAUUUAUAAUUUCUCUUCCACAGGGCUAUGACACACUGGUUGGUGAGCGUGGAGGCUUGCUGAGUGGAGGGCAGAGGCAGAGAAUUGCAAUAGCGAGAGCUCUUCUCAAGAAUGCUCCAAUCCUGAUCCUCGAUGAGGCAACAAGUGCUUUGGAUGCCGUUAGUGAGCGCCUGGUACAGGAUGCUUUGAAUCAUCUAAUGGAAGGCAGAACAACAUUAGUGAUUGCUCAUAGAUUAAGCACAGUUCAGAAUGCCCAUCAAAUUGCUCUUUGCUCAAAUGGCCAGAUAACAGAACUUGGGUCCCAUUUGGAAUUGCUUGCUAGGAAGGGGCAAUAUGCUUCUUUAGUUGACACCCAAAGGCUGGCGUUUGAAUAAUAUUGAAUUCCUUAGAUACUAUUUCCAGAACGAAGACCAAGCAAAAUAGGAAGAUCUUGUCUAAACUAGUGGAAUAACAUAAAAAAAAAAAAAAAGGGGAGUCUCAGUUAUGGAGACUGUAGGACAAGAGUUGGCAAAGUUCAAUUGGCAAGACCUUUUGAUAGCUGUUUUAUUUUUAUUUUAUUUUGUACUGUGUUUGUCGUAAGAGCAGGCGGCAGUGGUGGGAAUCAGUUGCAUUAAAGAGAUAAUAGCAAGUCAUAGUAGGAACUAUUGUUGUAACAAAGAUGAUAUAAUACUCUAUUCACCCGUAUCGAAUAAACUUAUAGGUUUCUUAUUAUUAUUA